CGUUGAGCUGAUGUUGUGGUUCGUGGCGCUGCUGCCUCCUACUCCGGCUGCCGUCCCCGAGAGGAAGGAGACAGCAGAAGUCGUGACUCGAAUGUCAGCGUGACGGUUGGCGACAGCAGAUAACGGCCGCCGUCCUCGAGCGGAAGCAGUCCUGUCCUCUGAGGAGGCCGGGCGCUUUUGGGGGUGGGGGGUUGGUUGUUGAUAAACGGGGCUCCCCCCACCCCGCGCACGCACACACCAGGGAGCGCGCGCGUGGACUGGGACCACCCGGCGACUGCAGCUGGCAACAUGCACAGAUUCCGAAAGUGGCUGUACAAGCCCAAGAGAUCAGACCCACAGCUUCUUGCCCAGUUCUACUAUGCAGAUGAAGAGCUAAAUCAGGUUGCAGCUGAAUUGGAUAACUUAGAUGGACGUAAAGACCCACAAAGAUGUACGCUGCUGGUCAACCAGUUUCGUUCCUGCCAGGAUAACGUGUUAAACAUAAUCAAUCAGAUCAUGCAGGAAUGCAUCCCAAAUGAACGGGCAAAUCGGGAUUUCUGUGUCAAGUUUCCGGAGGAAAUACGUCAUGAUAAUCUGGGAGGACAACUUUGGUUUGGAGCGGAGUGUUUAGCUGCUGGUUCAAUUAUCAUGAACCGAGAAAUAGAGAGCAUGGCAAUGCGACCUUUGGCCAAAGACCUAACCCGCAGCUUAGAAGAAGUGCGAAAUGUUUUCCGUGACCAGUGCCUGAGAGACUUGAAUGUCUACACUGACAAAAUGAAGGAGUCCCUCAAACAAUUUGAUGGCUUGUUUGCAGAAUUUGAACUAUGUUAUGUCUCUGCGAUGGUACCUGUGAAAUCUCCUAAGGAAUACUACGUACAGCAAGAAGUCAUUGUUCUCUUCUGUGAAACUGUUGAAAGGGCCUUAAAGCUUGGAUACCUCACACAAGAUUUGAUUGAUGACUACGAGCCAGCAUUAAUGUUUACAAUUCCUAGACUAGCUAUUGUCUGUGGUUUGUUGGUCUUCCCUGAGGGGCCAUUGAAUUUGGAACGCAAGCUAGAAGAUAUGUCUGACCUGUUUAGACCAUUUCGCACACUGUUGCGGAAGAUCAGGGACCUACUACAGACAUUGACAGAAGAUGAGUUGCAUACGCUUGAACGUAACCUGUGUAUAUCCCAGGAUGGCGAAUUUGCUGCUGAUCCAGAGGUACCCUCUUCCAUUCCUCCACCUGUGGUUCCUGAUAAACUCAUUCAAGAUAAAUUGUGUGUAAAAGCUGAAAAUACAGAGGCUGAACUUGCAUGUUCCAUGCAGUAUGAUGAGGAGGAGCUGGAGCAGCUUAAUUUAAUGGUACACAGGGUAGGGGAUGAAAUGUCCUGCCUGCUCUCUCCACCAAGUGUCUGCCAGUCACCAGCUCAUAAGACCGUACCAAAAUAUAAUGGUAACCCAGAGGCCUCAACAAACUUUGAGCUCUCUAGUGUGAAACGUGAAGCUGAAGAGGAGGAACGGGUAUUUUUCAUGGAUGAUUUGGAUGGCGCAGGUGAGGCCUUUGUGGGAAUGGACACUUCAAGGGAAUCACUCACUGUAGUUCAUGAUUCUUGUCCACCUGAUCAGGAAGACAUGUUGCCUCUUUCACAUGAUGAUGAAAGCAUGGGGAAGGAUAGUUGCAGUGAGCAAAAUUUAGAAGCAAAAGAGGUACUACACAAACCAAGCAAUAAUGAUUCACUACCUCUGCAAGGACAAGCCAAUCAAAAGAAAAAUAACACAGCAGAAAUGUAUUGUAACUGUUUGAAUGCAUCUGAAUCCAGUUCUUACCUCAAUGGUUGGACUGCAGGUACUGAUGUACAACCAAGUGAAACUGCAGAAAAAAUAGCACAUAGGACUGGUGGAAUGAAAAUUUCUGCAACUGUUAUCUUUAACCCCAAAUCUCAGUCCAUCUCUUGCUCCUCUGAAGCUGAGAGUAUAAUAAAUUGUGACUCAGUCUGCUGUCAGGUUUCUUCAGAUAACUCACCGAAGCUAAGUCCUGCUGGCAUGAAAAAUGGAGUGAAUCAUUGUGUUCACCUCACUGUUACUCCGGAUGAUAGAGUUGACAGCAGCUCUGAACCAGUGGAGGUCAGUUCGUUGGAAGAGACUGUAGAUGUUGCGGAUUCUAGUUUUCUUAAAGGAGAGGGUCAGCCACUUAAAAGUAACUGUGGAUCACCUUCACAGGAGAGGACAGAGAGUGACAGUCCAGGUGAAUUAUGGGCAGAAAGAGCCAUCAGCAAACAGGAGCACAGAGCCUCAAAAUGCAAGUGCCUGGCACAGCCCUCAGGAAAACAGACAGAAAGAGGAGGGCAACAAACAAAAGUGGAAGUAUAUUGCCAGCAGCGAAAAACAGAAAAGAGGAAGCAGUCAAUUGGAGGGAAGGCGAGUAAGGAAGAAGCACACAUUAAAGACAGUGUGGUAAAAGAAGAAUUUGACGAAGAUGGGAAAUUACAAACUGUUUCUCACCUGUCAGAGGGCCACAGAACUAAGCAGAGUUCUCAAGAUCCCAUCCAAGAUUCUCCCAUCAGCUCCGUAUCCAGCAGUGAUUGUGAAAGUGUUUCUGUCACAACUUGUAGUCUUUCCAGCACGUAUACUCCAAGCCCUGUUGGCAGUCUCACAAGUUCUUACACUUCCGAGGAUGUAGAUCAAGAGGAAAUCCAACUCGCACUUUUGGCUGCCAAAGUUGCUACGAGAGAAAAGAUUAGAGCCCGUUUCCAUAGCAGCAAUGAUCUUAUUCACAGGCUUUUCGUGUGUAUUGCAGGUGUUGCUGAUCAGCUACAGACUAACUAUGCAAGUGACCUGCGAAGCAUUCUUAAAACCCUAUUCGAGGUCAUGGCGACCAAGUUACAAUAUGAGGGCAGCAGGAUAGAAAAGAAAGGUGACCAGACAUUGAGAAGUCCUGCACUUGAAGAUUGUGCUUUAUGCCGGGAAAGUGUGUCUGCCUCUGAACUGGCUGACAAGACAAGAGAUGAGGACCUUGAAGAUCCUCCAGAAUGGGUUCCAGAUGAAGUCUGUAGUUACUGUACUGCAUGCAAGGCGCCAUUCACUGUGAUUCGAAGAAAGCAUCAUUGUAGAAGCUGUGGAAAGAUCUUCUGCUCACGUUGCUCUUCUCAUUCUGCUCCCUUACCUCGAUACGGCCAGAUGAAACCAGUCCGGGUCUGCACACAUUGCUACAUGUUCCAUGUGACGCCCUUCUACAGCGACAAACCAAGCAUCUGAUAACUGCUGAGUGAACUGCCUGGAUCUGGCAUGUAUGAACUAGCUCAAUGUGGUCGCAACUGAUGUUGGAUGCCGGCAGUGAAAUAUGUUGGCAUUGUUUGUUUUUAGUUAGAAUGGAAAUUUGGAUAAGCCAUUCUUAGAGCCAAUGAGGUAGUUCUGAGAGAAGCAGCAACUUCACUUAGAAAUUUUUGUACUGACCUUUUUAAAUGCAUUUUGAUAAUGAGCUGCUGAAAGGAAGUGCAGAGCUUCUCUUGCUGUUCCACUGUAGUAUGGUCUUCCACAAAUUUGUAUUGAAAUUAUAAAAGUAUCCUAAACUGAAGGAUGGCACAUGCAGGGGUGGUGAGGUGGGUUUGAGGGUGCUGUCAUGGUGGUAGAAGAACGCUGUCUGGAGGGCUUGCAACACUUGAUGACCUUAUGUUUCUGUGUCGCAUAUUCACAAUGGUUUAAAUGUUGGGUGAGGUUCAUCUGAUCAGACCAGAAAUUUUCCAGAUCCUUAUUUGAGAUGAGCAUAGAUUCUUUUCAAAUUCUAUUUGUAUUGAUUAAGCAAAGUCAGUCAUUGUCGAGCAACAUCAAUGCCACUGUUAUUCUUUUCAAAUUCUAUUUGUAUUGAUUAAGCAAAGUCAGUCAUUGUCGAGCAACAUCAAUGCCACUGUUAAAGUUGCUUUGAGCAAAAAUCACCCACCUUGAAUGCAGUGACAUAAGAUUUGUACAGUUUUCUUUUGACAUUUUAUGUCAAGUUUUUACAGCCAAUUUAGAUCUCUUACUUUUGAGGAGCAAGUGAUGAUAUUGCCUCCUGUGUAUUCAUGUGGGCAGCAUGGUGACGAGUAGAUAUCCACACAAUAAAGUGCUCAAUCUCAGCUGUACUGUUGUGGAAAUGUUGGGCCAACAGAUGCCAACUCAUUCACGGAGGGAUGAGAGGGCAUCUAGAUCCUGGGUGAUAAUGGUAACUGCAGAUGCUGGAGAAUCCAAGAUAA